AUGGCCUCCAGACAAAUCCUUCGCCGCUCCUCCGACAUCCUCCGCGCCUCCUCCGCGCGCGUUCCCGCCUUCCGCCAAGCAGCAUCCGCGCUGAUGCAAGCGCAACCUUCCGCACAAUACGCCACGUCUUCACCAUCCGCUUCCGCCUCCCCCGCCGUGCCGUCCGCAUCCCUUUCCACGCGUGUUCCAUUCGGAUCGCAUGUGUCAGCGGCAUCCUUCCAGCGGCGAGGCUUCGCCAUCACUGCCACGGAGGAUCUCGUGAAGCUGCCACGUGUCAGCGAUCCGAGCGCGCUCAGCACGCUCAAGGAGGCUCUGGCGACGGGGUGGGUGCCGUGCGACUCGUCCGUGAUCGCCAAGAUCGACAAGACCAUCAAAAGCACCAAUGACGCGGUAGCGAGGGAGGCGCUGUCAGCCCUCAAGGCGGCAGCGGAGGCGGUGGAGGUGUUUGGGGAGAAGCUGGAGCUGCUGCGCCUGGAGCUCGAUGAACUCAGCGGGGGCAAGUUUGGUGGCGAGGCGGUGGGGAAGAUCCCGGAGGACAUCAAGGCGGCGCUGGCGUCGGCGCUGAGGCGGUACUCGGCGUACCUGGAGGCGUUUGGGGCGGAGGAGGGGUGGCUGCAGCGCAAGGUGAAGGAGGAGCUGGGCGGCGUGCUCAUCACCGUCAAGCAGCGCUGCAGCGGCCUCGAAGAGGAGUGGAACCAGAUUAGUCUGCUGGGCACAUCGGGGCUUUCGGGGUCCUACAUUGAGCAACGCGCACACUGA